UACAGACAGAACAAAGCAAGCAUCAAGGACUUGGAACACAUCACUCGAUCUUCAGUCAAGUGUGACCAGCCUCUGCCACUGCAGUGUUUAUUCUGAACCUCGGUCUUCCAUUCUGUAUUUCUGGGUCAGCACGGCAGCAAUUCAUCCAGUUACCAUGUCACUGUCUGCGUACAAACAGAAGAUGAAAGAACUUCCUCUCUUUAACCUUCUCUGUUCCUGCUUCAACCCAGAGCCCCGAAAUAAAACUCUCUAUAAGUUUGAAGAUCCCGUUGACCUGAACUGGUGCUUCAUAUCUGACAUGGAGGUGAAGGAGCUGAACAAGAGAGCGUCGGGCCUGUCGUUCGAAGUCAUCCUGAAACCACCGUCAUUUGAGGGAGUCCCAGAAUUCCACACUGCCUUGCCAAAGAAACGGGAUCCUUCCCUUGAGGAGAUCCAGAAAAAACUUGAGGCUGCUGAAGAGAGACGGAAGUGUCAGGAAGCGGAGUUACUGAAGCACCUGGCAGAAAAGAGGGAACACGAGCGAGAUGUGAUCCAGAAAGCUAUCGAGGAGAACAACAACUUCAUCAAGAUGGCGAAGGAGAAACUGGAGCUGCGGAACGAGAUCCAGAAGGAAAACCGUGAAGCCCACCUGGCGGCCAUGCUGGAUCGGCUGCAGGAGAAGGUGAGACGUUCCCGUCCCAUCGACUGGACUGAGCCCAGGGGGAGGGAUGGGUUCAACCGAAUACAUCUGAGGCCCGCCACCGACUGA